AUAGUGGCAGUGGGGGUGGAGAUUGUCUAUCCAUGUACAUAAUAAAGAUUGCCUGGCAGUCACAGAAAAUGGAAGAGGCAGUUACAAUCAUUAAUGAAGACGAAACAAUUGGUUUCCUCUUGUUUAUUUUUAAUGGUGUUUAUAUCUGCUUGUGAGGACUGUUAUAUCCGUUUACAUUCAGACGCAUUCUCCUCUCUUCCUUCAUUCAUACCCACUUUGAUUGUGCAAUCUACACCAUUCGACAUUGAUUCUAUUAUCCGUGUUUGGUUCAAACCCCGGGCAUCGAUUGUUCUUGCAGAUCUUUGUGCGCAUUUCCCUAGAGCUGAAGAUAUUUCAGGUAUGGCAAAGUUCUUUUGUUUCUUUCAACAAAAGAAGGCUUGGAGAUUCACACUGAACCACAAGGGAUUUUCACUUGGAUAUGAUUUAGUUUAUUGCCAGAACAAGAGUAGAGUUUGUCUUUGUUGACAUAGAAAGGUUUUAAAUAAACUGUAUUGAUUUUUCUAUAGAUGUAUUUAAAGUUGAUCAAUAUUUUCAGAUAAGAUCUGUUAU